AGCUCUGGCUAUGAAUCUGACGCUUAACACAACAGAAUAUAACAAGCAAUACGAAAACUAGCAAAAAGGAAACCAAAAAACAAGAAGAACGAAAUUAAAACUUUCCAAUCUGCACACAGACAAGUUGUUUUUUGACAAGUGAUACAACUGCGGUGGCAGCUAACCGACAUCUCCCUACUCCUUCAUCCGUACACUUAUCAACGGAAAUUCAGCUGGACACCUCCUCAAGUCGAGCAAAGAGUGAAGAGUACCCGAAGAUGGCAAGCGACAACAUUGCCACAACCGACAUCAGCCAGCAAGAAGAGCGGCAACAGGACGACAACUCUCGCAUGGCAAUUGCCGGCUGGCUAGCGACACCAACAGAGCACACAACAACAACAGCUGCGCCACAACAACAAAAGCACCAGCAAGAACAGGGUUGUGCGGAAAUAUUAGAAGCACUAUUGGGUAUUGCGGUGCAAACGAAAACGGAGAUGACAACGGAGCAGUCAAAAUCAGUGGUAAAACAACAACAGCCGGCACUUGUGGAAUUGAGCCAAAUCGAGUUGAUCUAUCGCGCGGAGGGUAAUGCAAAUUUGGUGCUAGCAUUGCCGCAAUUUAAAAAAGUUUUGCGUCUGCCAAAAACUGCGCUGCCGAGCACCGAGUACAACAACAUUCAAAUUCAAAUUGGUAAUACACAACAGCGGCGGGAUGUGGAAGUGGUCGAUGAAGAGUGGCAGCAACAUCAAGAGCAACGACAACAAUGGCAACCACAACAAACUCCAGAACAAUGGCAAUUGCAACGUCAACAGAAGCAAGAACAAAAACGGCAGGAGGUAGUCAAAAGUGCUUCCGACUCGGCUGUAAAUCAAAAUGCAAAAGACUUGACAAUGGAGGAGUUUGUGGCUUACAUCGAGGUAAUACGAAAUCUGCUUGGCAAUGAAUAUAUAUUCGAGACAGAGAUUGUGCGAAUAGCGAAGGAAGAAGACAAAAGGUGGAUAAACGAGCAGAUUCGUCCGGAUCGGCCAGCUCAUCGCCAGGAUAAAGAAUUUUGUGGGGAAUUCGGUUUGUUGCUGCCAGAUGCUACACGCUUGCCAAUAGCAUUCGAUAUUUUAGUUUCCAAUUUGCAGGCGGAAUUGAUCGGCGUUACGUACGCCAUUGAAAUCAAACCGAAGCAGGGUUGGCUGCUGCCGACUGAUGUCGUUAACAAUUUAUUUGACCUGAAGAAGCCAAUGCGAACAAAUACUAUGGCCACGGCGACAGCAACAGCAGCGGCAAUAGACGACCAGAAAGUAGCUGGAACAGCAGAAAACAAGGCUAUAAACGCAGCCAGCAGCCACGUUACAAGGUGUCGUUUCUGUGCGAUGCAAUAUCUGAAGCUGCGCGCUGGUAAAAUCAACAGGCGAACUUCUUAUUGCCCAAUGAUGCUAUUUUCCGGCGUGCCCGCUAGAAUGCUGGCAGCGUUAGAUGCUCUCCUGCGAUGCCCACAAAAUAAUUUAAGAAUCUUCCGUAACGGAAUUUCCAUAUACGACAGUGAACACCAAUUAUAUGAGGAUUUUGUUGAAAACUAUUUUCCCAGCGGCCAAAUAGAGCUUUUAAAGGAUUUGGUAGUGGCGUGCCUGUUAAGGGACUACACGAACAACAACAACAUAGACGCCGAGACCAGCAACAGAAGCAGCAGCAGCAGCAACAGUGGCGUAAGCGAUGACGACGUCGUUGACGUGGGUGGAAUAGCCAAAGCUGUCACUGGUCAGCCACACUUAAAUGCGACUCAGAAAAGCGUAGCACAAACAGAGGCAGAGAGCGAGGAAGAAAAUGAAAUGGAAGGAAGUAAGGUAAUGCCAACACAGCUUAUAGUAGAAGAAGACACCUACACAGUGGCAGCAAGGGCAGCACGCUUGACUGCGAAAGGUUUACCGACGAAGGCGACGACGACGACGAUGACGGCAAGGACAGCGGCAUUGGAGACAACUUCGCAAGCACAAAUCACCGAAGUGGAAACACUGUGCUUACCGAAAAAUUGUGUCCUGCAAAAAGUUUUGCAUCUACAAUUGUUGGCCAAGCGCCAUAUGACCGAUCUGCAUGCUGCAGGCUAUGCGAAUAAGUCGGAAAAAUCAUACAACGCCUUAAAAUCUUUGCUGCAACGUUCACGCAACCAGCCGGUGGCAGCAGUUGAGUUAAAUCCAACGGAAGCAUAUCUACUGGGCGCCACUGCGUUGGACUGCUCGAUUAUGCUGGCUUUUCAGGAAAUUUCACUUUGCAAUCAAGUGCCACCACCACAUUCGCAACCAUCAAACUUAACGAAGUCGCCGCUAUCGAAGCAUUGCGUAGUAAUGCCAUGCUACGGCAAAACUUUUCUCACCAAAGUAACACUGGUCGACUUGGAUCCGAAGCCUGAUAGUCACUUGUGUAAAUAUAUUAAGCAGACCAGUCAGGCGCUCAACGUAUUUACGGAUGGUGGUUCAUGUUGAUCACGAUGUGCAGACGGUGGCCAAGAGAGACACUCAUCACUUGGGUGACUAUUUGUUGAAGAUCGAAAAACGGAAAUACAGAAAAAGUUAACCGCGCGAAAGUGUAAAUAUGCAGUUAUUAACGAUUUAUUUGUUUAUACAUGAAUGUAUGAUUGUAUAUUUAUAUGGAGUGCUUGCUCAUAUAUGUACUUAUGUACAUAUGUACACAUAUCGUCGUUAAAGUAAAAAACCGCGUUUCAAGUGAUGCAAAACCUCGUAUGUGAGGUUGAC